AUGAAAGGCAGCGGAGAUGACCCGAUUGGGGGGAGCCCAGAUAGGGAUGACCAAAAAGGGGAAAGCCCCAACCGGGAGGAGGACCAACCCGAGCGACCGUCAAACAAACGCAGCAAAGGGAAGCAAGUCGACCAAUUAAUCAUCGAAGAAGCAGACGAAAAUACAAUCAUCCCGUAUUACCUAUCCAACCUACUAACUAACGCAUCCAACCCAGUGGUAUUUAUGGACAUAAAUCUGGGCAACCAUUUUUUGGGCAAAUUUAAAUUCGAGCUGUUCCAAAACAUUGUCCCAAAAACAAGCGAAAAUUUUAGACAGUUCUGCACAGGAGAAUAUAAAAGUGAUAAAAGAGUUCAUGAUUCAGGGGGGGAUUUUGUGAACUACAAUGGAAGUGGCAGCUUAAGUAUUUAUGGGGAAAAUUUUGAAGACGAGAAUUUUGACAUAAAACAUGAUAAGGAGGGAUUACUCAGCAUGGCUAAUAGUGGGCCCAAUACAAAUGGGUGUCAGUUUUUUAUUACCACGAAGAAAUGUGAAUGGCUUGACGGGAAGAAUGUCGUUUUUGGAAGAAUCAUAGAUAGCGAUUCUUUAAUUUUGCUCAAAAAAAUUGAAAACGUUUCCGUCACGCCGUAUAUUUAUAAGCCAAAAAUUCCCAUUAAUAUUGUUGAAUGCGGGGAAUUGUAA